UUGUACUAUGUCUACUAAAAAUCUUGAAUCCUUUAUGUCUACUGAAAAUCUUGAACCAUCUAUAUCUACUGAAAAUUUUAAACCUUCACAAAAUCCUCUAUUUACUUAUGAUGUGCUUUCCUUUCUGGAUAGAGAUUUUUUGGAUAAUAGUGGUGAUAAUAAAACUAGUACAGAAAAGCCAGAUGAUUGUGUUUUUGCUAAACAGUAUAAAAACAAGCAUUCACUUUGA